AUGACAUCAAAAAUUUUCAAGUUCUUCCUAACUUGGUGGCUAACCCAGCAGGUGACUGGCCUUGCAGUGCCUUUCAUGCUAGACAUGGCUCCUAAUGCAUUUGAUGAUCAGUAUGAGGGCUGUGUCGAAGACAUGGAGAAAAAGGCACCCCAGCUGUUACAAGAAGACUUCAUCAUGAAUGAGGAAUUAAAACUUGAGUGGGAAAAAGCAGAGAUAAAAUGGAAAGAGAUCAAAAACAGUACGAGUUACCCGGCAGGUUUCCAUGAUUUCCAUGGAACAGCUUUUUUAGCCUACACUGGGAACCUCGCUAUAGAUUUUAACAGAGCUGUUAGAGACUUCAAGAAAAGUCCGGAUAACUUCCACUACAAGGCCUUCCAUUACUACUUAACAAGAGCACUUCAGCUUUUGAGUAACCAGGAUUGUCAUCCAGUUUACCGAGGCUCUAAGACUAAGUUUCAUUACACUGGGACAGGCUCUGUGCGAUUUGGGCAGUUCAGUUCUUCAUCUUUAACAAAGAGAGUAGCUCUUUCUUCAGAUUUUUUCAGUAAUCAUGGGACACUAUUUAUCAUCAGAACCUGCUUGGGGGUUAAUAUCAAAGAAUUCUCCUCAUUCCCUCGUGAAGAGGAGGUGUUAAUUCCAGGCUAUGAAGUAUAUCACAAAGUCACAACACAAAAUGAUAAAGGGUAUAACGAAAUAUUUCUGGACUCCCCAGAAAGGAAGAAGAGCAACUUCAACUGCUUCUAUAAUGGUUCUGCUCAAAUAGUCAACAUUGAUUUCAGUAUAUCAGGAUCCAGAGAGAGCUGUGCAUCCCUGUUCCUUGUGGUUCUCCUCGGUCUUCUGGUCCAGCAGCUUACUCUUGCUGAGCUGUAGCCCUCUCCUGUGUGCAGUCUGUGGGCUGAGUGUUGAAGGGAGGCUAAGGGGCAAGCACUUGAUUGGUUGUUUAAGAGCUGUAGAAGGGGGAAGGGUGGGGAGGUCUGCUUUAGCAUUCAUGACUUCUAUAAGCAUCCUAGCAACCCACUGGGUCAGUCCUUAAAAUUUACACCUGACUUUAAUUUUACUAUCCUUUUACAGUUUUCUAUGAUCAAAAAGCAAUGUAUGUCUGCACGGUCAGCAGUAAGAGGUUUUUGUUGUUGUUGUUGUUGUUUUUUAAACAUCUGAUUGGUUUUUUUCCGUGAGUUUAAUAUCACGUGCCCCAGACCCACUCAUCUUCCUGUCCCUUCAUAUCCACCCCUCACACACACACACACACACACACACACACACACACACACACACACACACAAACCCCAAACAAACAAGGAAAAUAAAGAACGCAAAACAAAGCAUAGAAUCCGCCUCAUGGAGGAAGCGCUGCUAUGUAGGUGGUAUGUGUCCCACAGGAUUCUCCUCUGACCUCACAUCUUCAAUGCAAUGAGCUAUUGAGCUGGAUCCAGGUCUCUGGAUCCUGCGACAUCAUCCAUAUUGGAUCCUCACCAGGACUCCUCCUGGUUAUCCUGUUUUUGCCCAGUGACCUGAAGCUUUGAUACAGCAGGACUGGCCCUUUCAGCAUCCUAACAGUUCACAGAUAAUGUAGAUUUUGGGGUGGACCAACUUGAAGCCCUGCAGCUGGGUCUGGGUGAUUGCUGAGCUGGUCAGCCCACUGCUCUCCCUUAUCCAUACCAUCAGGGCAAUCUCCUCAAGUACUUCUCUGGUUAGGCCACCCAGUGCUGUCACUGGCAGGAGUCAGGGUCUCCUCUCCUGCCCUCACGCCCUUAGGGCAACUUACCUGCAUCCAUAACUUCAGAGCUAGCUCCACUGUGCUUCCCAGUUGAGGUGCAGGGCCCAGAAGUCAUCGAGGGCUGGGACAGCUGUCUUGCUCUCACACCAUCGGGCCAUCUACCCUGCACCCUAAUCACUAGUGCCAGCUCUACUAUGCUUGCCAGGCAAGGGGUCGGGGGGAGUGGUUCCACUCUCCCAAGUUCUGCAGCCAGCAAGGGACAGAACUUGCUUUUCCAGCUCACUUGCUCUAGUGACCCCAUCGAGUCAGCUCUCCCCACUACCUCAAGGUGGCAAGGGGUGAUGGGGCAGAGGCCAUCAUACCCCUGCUCAGGCCACACAGGAGAUGAGUGGUGGGGUUACUCCCCCUAGUGCUUCAGCCAGGGAGGGGUCAGAGGCAGCUCUUUGCUCUCAAGACCUCCGCCCACCUCCCCCCACCCAGUGCUGUGGCAAGCUGCUGCAGGUGGUGAACGGUGAGUUGGGGUAGGGCAUCACCCCAGUGGUCAUGCCACCUCAUGGCCUCAUGGCAGAUGUGGGGGGGGGUGGUCAGCUUUGCCAUAAUCAGCCUCUGGACCUGCUGACCAGGCAACAUGUAGGGCCGACUCUAAGGGUCUCUCCUAACUGCUGCUGCUCAUGGGCAAGAGGAGGAACCAACUCUCCAGAGCCAGUUAGGGGCAAGGACAGUUCUCACAGGCUCUUGGACAUCCAUGUGGUGCUAGGGAGACUGCUGCCCAGACCCAGGACCUUCCCAUGUGCCACACCCACUCCAGUGGAGUCUCUGUGACAAGUCCAAAAGCUGAUUUUUUUAUCCCAGGUGUAAACACUGAUUUUUAUCCCAGUUGUAAACACUGCCUGGUUUCUGCUUGCUUUUAUGUAUGCAUUUCUCUGUUUUGUGUAAAUAGUCAUUAUGCAUUGGAUAACCUUAAUGUAUCACCUAACUUCCUUGUUUUCUUCUGUAAUAUAAGUCUGAUGCUCGCAUUGAGAAAUUACAUUCAGAUCCAGCACUCCCUUGUGUUCCUGUCUGUCACUCACAGACCUCUUGCCCACCUGAGUACUGGGACCCUGAUUUUCCCCCCGGAUUGAGGGAUCAACUGAGUCCAGCCUGCGGCACUUGUGCUGGUGUAUAUUUCGAGGGAACUCGGUUUCUCAGAUCCUACAAGUGAGAAAUCUAACUUCCUUCCUCCUCUUAUUUCCCUUCCCUCAUUCCUCCCUUCCUUCUCCUCCUGCUGCUGUUUCUCCUUAUCUUUCUCAUCCUUCUUUUUGGUGACAGGGCCUUGCUAUGUUGUUCUCAAGCCUCCUCAAUGGCUGAGACGAAAAUACUAUUGCUCCUGGCUCUAACUCUCCCUUUGCUCUAGAUCUAUGUAACAAUCUUGAUUCAGCAGACUUUACUGCCUUGGCUUGCCCUAACACCAUUUUACUGUCCCAUACUUUUAUAUUGAGCAGAACAUAUCAUUGUAUGUUUCUUAUGAUUGACAUUGAACGAGAGGCAUGAAAUCCUAAUGCCAACCUGAAAUCUGUGCAAGUGUUCCCAGAUGUAGUGACUUAUAUAUCUGUAACCCUUCACUUGUGAAGUGAAGGCAGGUAGAUCAGGAGUUCAAGAACAGCCUUGACUACAUAGCAUGUUUGAGAUCAGCCUGGACUACAUAAGACCCUAUCUAAAAAAAUAUUUUUUAAAAAUAGGAAGGAUGUUAAGAAAGGCUACUGUAGCACGAAGAUGCUCAAAGCCUAAAUCGGAAAACUCUCAGGGGCAGAAGAGACAAAACCUUCAUAUGCCAGGGUGUGAGGAAGAAGAAGGUGUCUGUAAAAAGGAGGUGACAAAAAAGUCUUGAGAGAGUUUAGAACUCAACAUGCUGUAUCACACACACCUUAACUGAUGAUGGGAGCCAGCCACAUGGUGGGUGAUUAGGUGCAUAAGUGGAGUUUAGGUAUGUGGUGGUUUGAAUUAGAAAGGCUCCCAUAGGUUCAUACAUUUACAUCUUGGUCACCAGAAAGUGGCACUAUUUGCAAGGAUCAUUAGGUGAUGUCUGUUUGGAGGGGAAGUACCGCUUGGAGUGGGCAUUGAGAUUGCAAAAAGCCCAUUCCUCACCCAGAGGCUCUUUCCUACUGCUACCCCUGGAUAUGGGUGUAGACCUCUCAGCUACCUCUCCAGGACCCUCUCUGUCUGAGUUCUAACAUGCUUCCUGCCAUGCUGAUAACGCACUAAGUCUCUGAUACUGUGAGUCCCAAUUAAAUGCUUUCUUUU